UAAACAUUGAACAAGUAGUUUAAUAAUUUGAUAAAAUUUCACCAAAGAAAGUUAAAAAUUGUUGAUUUAUUAAUACUUGUUAUAAAAACUAUCUAUAAAAUCUAUUUAUCAAAAGGGUGUCUCUUUUUUCUUUCGAGUAUUUAAAUAAUAAAUUUUCUCACGGAAUUCAUUAAUUCUCUACCUAUAAAUAGACUUCAUAUCAUUGAUAAGGUACUUGCGUGUUCAAAUUUGAGAAAGAAAUAAACCAUUGGUGAUGAGCUUGAUAAAAUUACGGAGUAUACCUGAUGUAACUAAAAUUUCACAACAUAUAAUUCGCGUGCUAGGGUGUAAUCCAAGUGCAAUGACAUUACAAGGUACAAACACAUAUUUGAUAGGAACGGGGAAAGAGCGUAUAUUAAUUGAUGCAGGUGAUGCCAAUGUUCCUAAAUAUGUACAGCUACUAAAAAGAGUUUUAAAAGAAGAAGAUGCUAAAAUAAAAGAUAUUAUAUUAACACAUUGGCAUCAUGAUCACAUUGGUGGUGUGAAAGAUAUCCUUCGGGAUGAAAAGUGUAGGGUAUGGAAAUACGAAAGAAGUGAUGCAGAUGAUGAGAUUUUACCUAACAUAGCAAUUAAAAAAUUGAAUAAUGGUCAAAUAUUUAAAGUGGAAGGAGCAGUAUUAAAAGUUGUACAUACACCGGGCCACACUACUGAUCAUGUUGUCUUAACCUUACAAGAUGGUUCACUUUUUAGUGGCGAUUGUGUUUUGGGAGAAGGCACUGCUGUUUUCGAAGAUCUUUAUGAGUACAUGAAGAGUUUAAAAACUAUUCUUGACUUAAACCCAAAAGUUAUUUAUCCUGGACAUGGAAAUAUAAUUGAAAACCCUAUAGAAAAGUUAAAUUACUAUAUUGAACAUAGAAAUCAAAGAGAAAAACAAAUUAUUGAUGUUUUUGAAACAAAUGCGAAAAAAACUUUUACAGACAGAAUGAUUGUGGAAAUUAUUUACGAAAACUUACCUGAAAAUUUAAAAUUAGCAGCCGCAUUUAACGUAAAUCAUCAUCUUAUGAAACUAGCUAAAUGUGGACUUAUAAAGCAAAUUACUGGAGGUGGUGAAAAUCUCUGGAUAUUAGUAGAAAAAGGUGAACUGUCUAAAUCUACAUUAUAGUGUUAUGUAUAUUUUUUUAAAUGUGAUGAAAUAUAAAUUUAUAGAUGCUUA